GGGCAGAUGGAGGAGGAGGCUGCGAAGAAGACGAAAAGGCCACGGGCCUCCCAGGCAGGUGAGGAGGAACUGAGGACGGAGAGCACGGAGGACAAAUCCCUCCGGCAGAGCCUGGUGGGAGAGGCCGUUUUGAAGGGCUCCCCGGCGCAGGAAGGCAGCGGGGAGGAAAAGGCCCGGAGAUGCCCCCGGAGGAGGGGCUGCAAAGCCAGCCCAGGGAGCUGUGAGGAGGAAAGAGCCAUCCUGUGCCGGGAAGGCGGCUGGAGCUUGAGCCGGAGCUCCGAGCUGGUGGUCCCUGAGCAGCCUCCCAUCAAGGAGAAGCCCUUCAGGUGCUUGGAAUGUGGGAAGAGCUUCAGGGAGAGGUCGAAGCUCCUCAGGCACCAGCUCAUCCACACUGGGGAACGACCCUACACGUGUAGGGAAUGUGGGAAGAGCUUCAAUGACAGCUCCAACCUGAUCCGACACCAGCGCAUCCACACUGGGGAACAGCCCUACACAUGUCAGGAAUGUGGGAAGAGCUUCAGUGACAGCUCCACAGUGAUCCAACACCAGCACAUCCACACUGGGGAGAGGCCCUACACGUGUGGGGAAUGUGGGAAGAGCUUCAAGCAGAGCUCCCACCUGAUCCAACACAAGCGUACCCACACUGAGGAAAGACCCUUCAAGUGUGGGGAGUGGGGGAAGAGCUUCAGCCAGAGCUGGAACCUCCUCACCCACCAGCACAUCCACACUGGGGAACAGCCCUACACGUGUAGGGAAUGUGGGAAGAGCUUCAGGGACAGCUCCUACCUCCGUACCCACCAACUCAUCCACACUGGGAAAUGGCCCUACAAGUGCUUGCAAUGUGGGAAGAGGUUUCGUACCAGUGGGAAUCUCCUCCUGCAUGAGCGGAUACACACAGAUGAGAGGCCCUUCCGCUGCACCGAC